GCCUCUCUCUCUCUCUCUCUCUAGAGUCUUGAGUCUCGAAGCCUUGGAAGAGAAGUAUUCGAGUGGUUUUCUCUGCGUUGUUUGUCCUUUUCCCCAAAAAGAUUUCUCAAAAUCAAACCCUGGAUCUAGGCCCCAAGCCUCAAAUACUUGAAAUUGGUUUGUAAUUUGGAGCUUCAGAAAGCUAGAUUUUUCUUCAAGAUCGUCGACAAGUGCUCCAAUCAGGAUCUCGAUUUAUCAUGAAGCGGGAGAAUAUGGGUGUGGACCGUUUCACAACAUUACCAGAAUCUAUCAUUCAUCACAUCAUGUCCCACAUGUCAACAAAAGAGGUAGUUCGAACUAGUGUUUUGUCCAAAAGAUGGUUCCACAUGAGGAAAAAUUAUCCUGUCUUAGAGUUUCCUUUAACCAAGAAAACUAAGGAUCUUGUUUAUAAAUCUCUGCAUCACUUCAGGCAGGAAAAGUUAUUAUUGCAGACAUUUUGUGUUCACAUGACAGACCUUAACCUCUCUUCCGAUCUUGAUAGUUUGAUAGGAUUAGCCUUAGAAAAUCAGGUGAAAGAAUUAAGGUUGACUCUUAAUGGUCGAGCCAUUUCAUUAUGGUUAUAUACUUUGCCCCAGCCAAUAUUUUCAUCUAAAACAUUAACCACUCUAAAGCUAUCGUCAUGUUUUUUGGACCAGCCCUUAUCUGCAUUCAGCUCCCUAAGAAAGUUUUAUUUAGAAGGUUGUCAUGUAGAUGGUCAAAUAAUUUUGGAGAAUGGUGACUGCCCUCUGCUUGAAGAUUUAGGUCUCUUAAAUUGUAAGGGUUUUGGUUGUGUCUAUGUUUCUGAUCUUUCUCAACUCCACAGUCUUGAGGUUUCCUUUGAUGGUACUGAUGGUACUAAUGAGUUUGUGAUUUCAUGUCAAAGUCUUCAAAGUUUUACCAUUAGAUCUUGUGCAUUCGAACCUUGGUCUAUUGUCAACAUGGAUGGUUGUAAUCACUUGAAAUCUUUACACUUGCAAUCUAAGACGAUUACAGACUCAGAGUUUCAUUCUCUUCUUUCAAAGCUUCCCUUGCUUGAGGAACUAUAUCUUUUUCAUUGUGAUGAACUCAAAUCAAUAAAUAUAUCUUGCCCACGAAUCAAGACUCUAGAGAUUUGUCCUGAACCCGAAUGUUAUAGCCAGCUUGAGUUUAUAGGAAUUGAUGCACCAAAUCUUAGAAACUUCAUCUUUUUAGCCAAAGAUAAGCACUGUGUGAUCAAGAUUGAAGAUUGUCAGAAUUUGGAAACCUUGGUCUUGUUUUGGAGAUUAAUCACAGAUACAUUAUUUCAUGAUCUUGUAUCUCAAUUUCCAUUGCUUGUGAAUCUCUGGGUUAUUGGGUGUCAGGAGUUACAAAGGAUUGAGAUUCCAAAUCUUCAACUCAAGAGACUGCAUAUUGUUAGAUGUUUUAGACUAAAAGCUGUGGAGGUUGAUAGUCCAAAUUUAUUUGAGUUAUGCUGUACGGGACGUGAGGCUGUGGAAGUUUCAGUACUUACCAGUGCCAGUGGUUUGAGGUUUGAGUGUGAUCAUGAGGAUUCUCCCAGUACACAUUGGUCCUGUCGGUUGGAUGACAUAUUGUACUAUUUUGUUCGAGUGGAAGACGAAUCUCUUAUCGAUAUAAUCCUUAAUUCUGCUUAUGAAUUUCCAGAGUAGUAUUAUACCUACAAUUCACUGUCCAACUGAAAACUAAGAAAUCUGGAGUGGAUGUGGAUUUUCUUUUUCCUUUUUUUUUUAAUUACAUUUAUGGUCUUCUUGUAUGAAAAAGUCAUUAUGGUCUUGUUGAUAU